AGACAUUGUUGAGCUACAACAAUGCUACGCAAGGGUAUUACGGAGAGCUUUGGAGCUGUUAUUCAUGCCCUCAACACAACUCAGCUAACAGAUGGUGUGAUCAACAGGAGCAAAAGGAUGAUGCUGGACACCCUGGGUGUCGGGUUGUUAGGAACCAGGACAGCUGUCUUCAACAAGGCUCUCAAAUACAGCCAGUCGUUCAUAUCUGAGGACAGGAGCAGUGUUUGGGGUAAAUCAGCAAUAGCUCUCCCAGCACCUUAUGCUGCAUUUGUCAAUGGUGUCGCUGUUCACUCCAUGGACUUUGAUGACACAUGGCACCCUGCUACUCAUCCGUCGGGAGCUGUGCUGCCUGCCCUGUUGGCCCUGGCAGAGACGCUGCCCAGUCAGCCCUCUGGUCUAGAUCUGCUGCUGGCCUAUAAUGUUGGCAUCGAGGUGCAGGGGAGACUGCUGAGGUUCUCCAGAGAAGCCUACAACAUCCCUGAGAGAUUCCAUCCUCCCAGUGUUGUUGGGGUGAUGGGGAGCGCUGCAGCCUCAGCUAAGCUCCUGGGUUUGUCCCCUUCACAGUGCAGUCAUGCUCUUGCUCUUGCAGCCUCCUCUGCUGGGGCUCCCUUGGCCAAUGCUGCCACACAAACCAAACCUCUCCACAUAGGAAACGCUGCCCGCAGAGGCCUGGAGGCCGCUCUGCUGGCCAAGAUCGGACUAGUGGGGAAUCCAGCCAUCCUGGACAUUGACAGUGGGUUUGGGGUUUACUACAAAGACUACAGUCCUUCAGCGAUGGCAGACGCGGCUUCUGGUGACUUUAAAUGGAUUCUGGAAGAUCAGGAUGUGGCCAUCAAGCGCAUCCCUGCUCAUCUGGGGAUGCACUGGGUUGUGGAUGCUGCUCUGGCGGUCCGCGGAAAAGUCGAAAACACGGUCGGAAACUUUGACCUCAGUCAGAUACGGCACAUCACACUUCGAGUACCUCCAUCCAAGUAUGUGAACUGCCCCCUGCCUACAACAGAGCACCAGGCAAGGCACUCGUUUCAGUUCAACGCCUGCUCUGCCCUGCUGGAUAACAAAGUGACAGUGGCUUCCUUCAGCGAAGCUCAAAUGAACCGUCCUGUUCUUAAGGCGCUCUUGGACAAAGUGAAGAUGGAGACCCCCAAGGACAACCAUCCCAGCUUUGACAAGAUGUACUGCGAGGUUGAAAUAGAAACAGAGCAUGGGCAGAGUUAUGCAGCCAGAUGUGACACCUUUUAUGGCCACUGGAGGAAGCCACUGAGUCACAAGGACCUGGUGGAGAAGUUCAGUGUGAAUGCAUCUUCGGUGCUCUGCACAGACGGAGUUGAAGGAGUGAUCGAUGUGGUUGGAAACAUUGAAAGAGUGAGAGAAUGCUCAGUGUUAGGUUCCUAUCUGAGGAUGAUAAAACAGCCCACGUCAGCAGUUAUACAUCACGAGAGCUUGGUGAUUAUACAGCAUUUGAGCAAGCCAGUGCAGCAAGUGUGAUAUUUGUGUCAAGCUUUGUAAUAU